AUGAAUGAAAUACAUGAUUACACUGAAUUAGUUGAAAUACCUGAUUUGAAUCACGAACAUGAAAAUAAAUCGUUAAAACAAAGUACAACAACAUCAUUCUGUACAACAAAUUCAAACGGCAAUAAUCAUCAUAAGACAAAUACAUUUCAACAUCGAUCUCAACUUCUCAACGAUCAAACGAAUAAAUCACAAAAACGAUCUCCACAAUCAUUGUGUGUUGUACCUAAACAGGCACCUUAUUCUAGAACACAAAAAUCGUCUUCAUCCAAAGCAAUAGUAAGUGAUAAUAUGCAGACAAAAUCAUCAAGCUUAUUUCAGUUAGAAAAACAAAAAUCAGCUGAACGUCUAAAAUUACUUGAUACAUUAAUGGAAAAUGAAAGAAAAACAUUACAACUUUAUCAAGAGAAAAUAGAAUUAACAUCAAAACUAAUUCAGAAUUAG